AUGAAUAAUUCUGAUAUCGAAAAACUUAUUGAAAACUACGAAGAUGAUCAAUAAGUUGAAAUCAAUGAGCCUGUUACUCUUGAUUUUAAUUAGGAUAGACAAGGUCAAGUCCCUUAACAACAUCGAUUCUCAUCUUCUAAGUUUAGGGAGAGAUUAUCAUCUAUAGAUCCUAUGAAUUGGGCAAAAAAUAUUAAGAUGCCAGAAAAUAAUUAUUAUACCUAUCCUUGUAGUUUAGAGUAGGCUGAGCUCCAUAGAUAAUGCCACUAUAUUUAACCAGAUUAAGAAUUUCUUGACAAAACCAAUGCCACAGAAUGUCCUUGUUGCAAUAAGCCAUUAAACCGUAAACGUAUUAAUUUUCUCACUGUCAAUAUGUGGUAAUUGUUAGUCUAGGAUUAUGGCAUAGCAGCCCCGCUAUAUUUUACUUUUCUCAAAUUUUAGAUGUUGAUUUUUGUCUUAAUUUUUUGCAUCUAUGGCAUCUUCUUCAUAUAUGAAGUUAACUCAACAUGUGCAAAUUUUAAAGAGCAAAUAUGUUUGACUGAUGAAGAUCUAAUUAUUGAGUAUAAAAGUGCAUGUGAAUUAAAUACCAUCUACACGUUUGUAGCCAUGGAUCCUUUUCUUUCAUAAAUCGAAUGUUCUGCUAAAAUUGAUUUGGAUAAUGGGGGAAGUGGAUUUAAAUUAAUCUACAUUCAAAUAGCUGCAUUCUUAAUUUUUGUCAUCAACAUAAUGAUUCCACUACAAUAUGAAAUUAUAAUAAGAUACAAACAAAUUAAAUACUGGGACAAAGAACCAGUUAAUCAUGUCACUGAAAACAAAAAGUCAGUUUAUGUAAGACAUCUGCCAUACAAAAUGACAUCUGAAGAAAUCCAAUCAACCAUUUCUAAGGCCAUAGCCCUGAAUACCUUUGAUGAAGUGGCCAAAAAGUCAGUCCUAUUUUAAGCCAAGAAUGUAAUCUAAGAAUUGGUCUAUAUAUAUGAUAUCCACGAAGUAAACGAGAUGAACAUAGAGAGAGAAAGUGCAUUACUUGAUUUUAUGAUCACCUUGGAAUAAUUGAAAGAGUUAAAAGAGACUGGAACUAUUACCACUUAUAGCGAAAAGUAGGCUAAGACAUAUAAGACAUUCACAAAUGAAUUGCUUGAUAAUCUAUUCAAAUAAUAGUUGAAUGAUAUUGUGUACAAGACCCAAAAGAUUAAAUCCUAUUUAAAGAAUGGGCUACCCUUUACAAACAAAGUGAUCAUUAAAUUUGAAACUAAGGAACAAAGAGAGGCUGCUUACUUACAUUACAGGAAAAAAUGGUAUUAGAAUUUAUUAAUCAGAUAUGAAGUUAUGAAAUAACAAACAAAAUUGAAAGAAAUGCAGAAAACUUAAGUUGCUGAUACCUAAUCUUAUGUUGAUAGUCGAUCUGUCUCGGUUGACGACUUAUAGAUUCAGAAUCAAGAGUCUGAAAAUUAAAAAGCUAGAAUUAGUCUGUUUAAUCAAAAUACCUACUUGGCUAAAUAAUAGUUCGAUUAUAGCAAUAAAUAUGUAGAGUAAAUUCACUAUUAAAUGGGAGUCAAGAGGGGAUUCACUAUUAAUGGAAUCUUUUGGGAGAAUUUGGGUAUGGAUACUUUUAAGAGACUAAAAUUUCGUUUAAAGGCCAUAUUCACAGCUGCAAUUGCAAGCUUUUUGUUGAUGGGAAGCUUUGAAUUAAUUUAUUUUUACCAAAAUAAUCCAAAUUAAAAGGAUAAGAAAUCAUCAGGAUAAUUAUCUACUUGGGAAAAAGUAUUUGCCAACUUCUUAGCUAUUUUAGUAACAUUUCUAUCUAGUUACACAACAUUGACUAUAUUAGGUUAAAUGGCAAAGAGUAGAAGAAGUACAUUUAUAGAAGUUGAGGAAAGCAUUAUGCAUUUUUUUGUCAUAAUUUAAUACUUUCUAAUUUAAUUUUUCCCCUAUUUAGCAACUUUUGAGAUUUGGGGAGGUAAACACCAAAUUGUUGCUUGCUAUGAUUUAGUCACUUUAUCAUUACACAGAAUCAUAUUCAAAUAAUUGUUCCAUACCUUUCACAUCAGACACAGUAGAUUUUGGCUUAGAAAAAGAAAGGCUUUGAAGAAUUUCACUCCGAAAAAGUUUUUCCAAGGGUAAUUAAAUUAGAUAAUGACUCCAGCUUUUAUAUCAUAGAGAGGAAGAUAGUUUAAUAUGCUAUUUAUAUUAACAACAGCUUUAUGCCUCAUUUAUAUCUGUCCAGUUGCGGUUAUAUUUUGUCUAGCUUUUACAAUUUACAUUUUUUUUUUUGAUAAAUAUGCCAUCACUCACAAUUACUAAAUUGAUAAAAGAUUCACAAUUAAUUUAUUUAGUCAUCAAAUUAAGUGUUACUAGAUUGUAGUCUUGCCAUUUAGCAUUUAUUUGUUCCUUAGGUUGUUUUGGAGAUUCAGUUGGGUUAUUUAUGGAUCUUUAAGUGCAGGACUUGUCAUGAUUGUUAUCAUCAUCUUCAAAAAGCCAAUUGUGAAAUUCAUUAUUUUUAAAAUCUGUGGAUUGAAAAAGAAGAGACCUCAGGUUGAAUAUAGAGAACAAUCCUUCUUUAAAAGUUAUAACAAAUUCUUUGAAAGUUUAAGAAUAGAAUCCUUGACAUAAAUUUUGGUUAAUUCACUCAAAAUGAACGAAACAGAAUCAACAAAAAAUGAUUGA